GCCGUUCAGGAUCAUUACCGCCACCUACCGUGUUUUGUCGCUGUCUCGCGAUAGCUAAACAAGCCGGAAACGGAAGUUGGUCUUUGUUAAAGAUGGCAACCCCCUAUGUGACAGAUGAAUCUGGUAAAUAUAUCGCCGCCACGCAGCGGCCGGACGGCACGUGGAGGAAACCGCGGCGCGUGAAGGACGGAUACGUUCCGCAGGAGGAGGUACCGGUCUAUGAGAACAAAUACGUGAAGUUCUUCAAGAGUAAACCCGACCUGCCGCCCGGCAUGAACCCGGAGGACGCGGCGCAGGCUUCCAGCGGAGCCGAGAAACAGGGCGACACCGCCGGACUCUCCAAAACGGCCAAACGCAACAUGAAGCGCAAAGAGAAGCGCAAGCAGCAAAGCCAGAGUCAGCAGGAGGACGUGAAGGCCUUGAGCGAGGAGCUGGACGGAGUGAAGGUCAGCGAGGACGAGAAGAGGGUGAACCCCGAGCCCGAAGGCACAGACCCGACGGCGGCGGCCGCCGAGAAAGCCAAGAAGAUCAAGAACCUGCGGAAGAAGCUGCGGCAGGUGGAGGAGCUCCAGCAGAAGAUCAGCUCCGGAGAGCUGAAGAGCCCCAGCAAGGAACAGCUGGACAAACUGGGGCGGGGCCAGGCGUUACGGGCGGAGCUACAGCUGCUGGAAGGGGAUUUGUGAGGCCAGCUGUCAAUCAACUGUCUCCAGUCAUGUGUGUCGGUCACUUCAUUCUUGUGUUUUAUACAUCAUGGAGACUCGCGGCGGCACGUCCUGCGCUCUGGACUCUUUGUGCAGGUCUUCAGCAGCACCUGCGGGAGCGCAUCUGUGUGACGUCUCAGAUUAGAGUGAACGUUAGUUAUCAUUGAGACUGAUGGACUAAAAAUCAUGAUGUCAUCGUUUUUUUACCACCGUAGUGCAUAACGGCAUGAAAUAACAAUGUGUAGAAUUGUGUUAUAUUAAACAUAGCAUAACAAUC